AUGCCCACGAUGGCGGAACACGAUGCUGGACGUCUCGUAGUCAUUCUGCUAUCUCUUCUCUUCUACGUUGUGAGCUUGGUGUUCAACGGCCUCUCUGUGGUUGGAGUAGGUCCUUUCUACACCACCACAGCCAACGUUUCCGCUGUCUUUGAGACCGAGAUCACACCCUCGGGAUGGACCUUCAGCAUCUGGAGCGUCAUCUACGUGUGGUUGACCAUCAUGAUCAUCUACAUCCUGGCUAACCUUUGCAGAAAGAAUGCUUAUGGUUAUGUUUACUGCAGCCCUCCAGUCUUACCCUACGGAUUCUUCAUAUGCUGGUGUCUCAAUCUGUGCUUUAAUAUCGCCUGGCUGCUGGUUUGGGACAGAGGGCUGAUGAUUGCAGCGCUUGUUUUUCUCAUUCUGGUCGCCGGCACAAACUACGCAAUGAUCUCUUUUGCCUGCCAUGGCCUCCAUGUUUAUGGAGCGUGGCUAAAGAAAUACCACAAAGCAGACCUGUGGCUUAUUCGUAUACUGGUUCAGAAUGGCGUGAUGAUCUACACAACAUGGACCACCAUCGCCACGCUAAUCAACCUGGCUAUCGUGCUGACGUACGAGGCAAAGAUGUCGCCCACCGACGCCGCCACCGUGUCGUAUUGCGCCUUGACUGUCUUGCUGCUCGUGUGGUUCUUUGUGGAGAACGUUGUCCUGGACAGGCACGUGCGCUACAUCCUCAUCGACUACCCGGUUGUGAUCUGGGCCUUGGCGGGAAACUUUGAUAAACACUACAAUGCGGAGUCUCCCAGCCGCAGUGGUAUCUUCAUCGUUGUGCUGUUGGCUGCGUCGUCCUUGCUGUUUGUCGUACGCGUUCUUCUGGUGUUUUGGCGUCACUUCAAACAGCCGCUCUACAACAACAUCAGCCCCGAGGCCAUGGAUCCCAUGGAAGCUGCGCAGCGGCAAAAAAAGACACUUCGAUAAGCUUUGUUCGGGAUAAAUGGCUUUCUUCACAGGUGUGCAACUGUUUUGUCUUGACAUGUGCUGUUAAUAAUUUACAGUAUGUGAUGGCCAUGAGCUAUAUUAUCUUGAUCUCUGACUGACUGAGCUCUGAACCUUUUUAUAGUACUUUAUAGUACUAUAGUACAAACUGAUACUGAUCAGUACAUACAUACUGAUCAUAAAACUAGUAAACAAGCAACACGGCCCAGUCAACUCGUCUGUACUUUUUUUGUAUCCCAA